CCGGCCCCGCUCACUCUCCGUCCGGCCGCCGCCGUCCCCGCCAUGGAGCGAGCGCCGCUGCGCGCCCUGCUGCUGGGCGCCGCCGUGCUGCUGCUCCUGCUCGUGCCCCUCUCCUCUUCCUCCUCUUCGGACGCCUGCGGGCCCUGCAAGCCGGCCGCCUGCCCGCCGCUGCCCCCGCGAGGCUGCCCGCUGGGCGAGACCCGCGACGCGUGCGGCUGCUGCCCCGAGUGCGCGCGCGCCGAGGGCGAGCCGUGCGGGGGCGCGGGCGCCGGCAGGGGGCACUGCGCGCAGGGCAUGGAGUGCGUGAAGAGCCGCAAGAGGCGGAAGGGCAAGGCCGGGGCAGCGGCCGGCGGCGCGGGCGUGAGCGGCGUGUGCGUGUGCAAGAACCGCUACCCGGUGUGCGGCAGCGACGGCACCACCUACGCCAACGGGUGCCAGCUGCGCGCCGCCAGCCUGCGGGCGGAGAGCCGCGGGGAGAAGGCCAUCACGCAGCUCAGCAAGGGCACCUGCGAGCAAGGUCCAUCCAUCGUGACACCCCCCAAGGACAUCUGGAAUGUCUCCGGUGCCCAGGUGUACCUAAGCUGUGAGGUCAUUGGGAUCCCAACCCCAGUGCUCAUCUGGAACAAGGUCAAAAGGGGUAGCUAUGGAGUUCAGAGGACGGAACUCUUGCCUGGCGACCGAGACAACCUGGCCAUCCAGACCCGCGGUGGCCCAGAAAAGCACGAAGUGACUGGCUGGGUGCUGGUGUCUCCUCUGAGUAAGGAGGACGACGGAGAAUACGAGUGCCACGCAUCCAACUCCCAAGGCCAGGCCUCCGCAUCAGCCAAGAUCACAGUGGUCGAUGCCUUACAUGAAAUACCAGUGGAAAAGGGUCUGUGAAAAGAGGUGGAGGUGCUGACUAUAAACUCGCAGAAUAUCUAAGCCUAUACAGCUGACAGCAGUCACAGAUAACUACAUCUCCUGUUCUUGCCUGAGAACAAGUCUCUUUUAAUCUAAUCCACUAAUUCUUUAGAUAUUUACUGGUUUCCCACAGAAAAAUCCAAAGAUAACACAUCCAGAAUAUCUACAAAAAUUUAUUGUCUAUUUACAGAUGAAAAAAGCAUGCAUAUCACUAAACCAAAUAAAACACUUUUUACCGCAA